AUGGCCUUCCUCGACUUUCCCUGCGCCUGGCCACCAUACACACCUGUAUAUUGUACAUGUCAGUUGGGUCUACGGUCUACGCUCCUCUUCAUACUUCUGAGUUUUAGUGUCCUAAUCGAGAAUUACAGGCCAGUUUCGGCCACAAUUCUCGGAAUAACAUUAACAGGACUUGCCGGUUUCAGUUUUUUCAAAUGGCUAUCAAAGCCAUGGAAACACAUGGGAUAUUUUUUAGUAUGGCCUGACUACGGAGCCCGGGUAUAUCAAGGUAAAUACACACAGUUUGCCACAUCAGAUGACAUAGUUUCAGGAAAAUAUGUGUUUUUGAACUUGGCAAGUAACAAUUAUGGAAGAUUCAUAACAGUCACUCCUCAACCUCCAGAUAAGGAGAAUUAUAGGACAGAUAUAAAGUUAUUUGAGGUCAAAUCGCAUGAAUUUGAUAAAUAUCCGAAAAAAUUAACUAUCGGAUGCGUAAAAUUCUAUGUUCGAAGACUUCAAUGUAAUUUAAAAUAUGAAUAUCGCAGAGUUUUUACCUAUGUGGAUGAGGCAAAGAGAAGAUGCAUACUAAUAGAGUCAUUUAACCAGUCGGGAGAACGUAUGAUGAAGCGAAUAUACAGGGAGAGAGACUUGGCCUGGUGGUACGAUAUGAUCAUAGACGAAAAAGAAACGAGCUUGGCAGGUCUUACUUCUUUCGGUCUUUUUAAGUCAAGUGAAACAACUACCUUUCAACUUGAAUUAUACAGCGAUAUAUUACCUGUAUGUAUAACCAGGUCCAAAUUCUCCCACGGGUUCUACUUUUUUUUCGACAAGGGGAGUGGAAAACCAAAACAGUUAACCGAGAUUCAGUUCGCGAAUGAGCCCAUACAACCUAGCAAACAUAUCAGCGAUCUGUUAAUUUGGCAUUAUUUCGAGCUGAAAGAUCCAAAGAACUUUACUUCAAUACAGACCUCUCUCGUGGUUAUAUGUGAACUUUUUGAAACAGGGUGGCAAUGCAAGUAUUACAAAUGCAUGAAUCAAGAACGGAGGGAGUAUAAAGUUUAUGAUUCACUUUCUUAUCCAUUUGAUGAUAAUAUAAAUUUUUCACAUAAGGGAUCGCAAAUUAGACCACAUGAAAAGUUUGAAGUUAUGUUUGAUUUAACUCAAAAAAAUGUUCCCGGAAAUAUAGACAAAUUUGCUUUACACAUCUACCCCGAGUCAAAUCAUUAUACACUGAGACCCUUGGAUUUAAACAAACCUACCCUACCUUCAUCGGUCAGAACCAAUGAUCCUGGCGGUAAAUCACAAUUUUUCCACAAUGUAGACAAUUGUUUCCGUUUAGUUUGCAUAUCAUACUAUGGCAAAAUACGACUAAUCAGUUAUACAGCCCUAGAUUCUACGAACCUCCUUUUUAAUACAAUUAUUAUGAAAAAUGAACCUCAUAAUGCCUAUGAACUGUUUUAUGAAGCAGGUAGUAGACCUUAUCUAGAGGCGCUGUUGUCCCCUUACUAUAUGAGUCUAAGUAUUAAGGGGAAAACACUAAACGUCGAUCAUUUAGAUUUAGAUUUAACUAAACUAGACGGUAUUUUAACAGCGAAAUUAAACGAUAAUGUAACAUUUUAUUCCAGCUUAUAUUCGCAGUAUAAAAUAUUGAAAAGUUUGAAAAUUGACUCUGAAGUAUUGGAAGUCAGUUUGGAUAUUAACUCGCAGCUGUUUUACUGUGAAAAGGACAAUUCUAAAUUUUUGGUAAUAUCCCAUGUUAAUAAGGAACUUACCAUUAUGAAAAGAAAUGGGAACAAGUUUGUAAAUGUUGCAAUUAAUACUAUGCAGGAUUUGCUCAAUAAUGUAAAAUUAGCUCCGAUUUUAAAUUCAAAUUACCAGAAAAAUUGGAAUCUUGUUACACUGAAUCUGGAUGAUAUAUAUAUAUCAGAACAUAUCGAUGUUUUAAUUUCGUCUUACAAUACCGUCACGUUUAAAACACAGUAUGGAAUGAGAAUUAAUGUUAUAAACUGGAAGGGAGUUGAAAUCAAUGUCAAGGAAGGUUGGCCUAUGGUUACGAAAAUAAUGUAUAUGGACCAUCAUUUACUCUUGAUAGAUACAGUUAAAAAAGAUAAGAUUGACAGGGAAUUAUACAAGUUGGAUGUAUCGAACCACAAGAUAAUACUAUUGUCAAACAUCUUAAUUAACAUCACUCUAAACGACUUGGAUAAUCUUGCGAAACAGUUAAGUCAAUCUAUCUAUAACUUGUAUCCUAAUACCCUCCCAAUCAAAAUAUCUUUUGAAAACCCAAAAACUAUCAUCUCUGAAUUUGAAGUAGAUAAAAUUCAAAUUGCACAUUCCGAUGCAGAUUUAAUGUUAACACCAGGAGAUUUAACAGCCCACGGUAAAGAGUAUAAAGUUCCUAAAAACCAUAAGUGGAAACAGGUUUUUAAGUAUCAGGGUCACAACAAUAGUGAUUUUUACGAUAUUUUCACUAUGGUGGAUAAGGGAAUGUAUCACUAUCACUCUUCUGAUGAUAAAAAAGAACAAGAAGAAUUUCCUCGAGAUCCAUUCCUGACGAUCACUGGAAAAUACAAUCCCCUGUUAAUAGAAAGCGUUUAUUUACCAGGAGUUAAAAUCCAAACAGCAAAAAUAGGAACGAGAAAUAUCAUAACUUAUACUUCAGAAACAGAUGCUAUCUUAAAUCCUAUCAUUUUUGGAAAACAUGAAAUUAAGCUCAUUGGUGACUUAACGAAUGUGCAGGUGGUUAAAUCCUUCGACGACAAUAACAAAUGCUCAAUUACUAUAGAAGCCAAAUUUAAAAACAACAAUAUAGGCACAUUGACUUUCACUCAAAAUGCUAAAAGCCCCGAAUUAUACAAGUUAGAAGACAGAAAAGAUCUUGGAUUUGUAGACGACUCACUUAACUUUCUGGAUCUUGUAAAAGGCCAAACAGCUCAGGAACUAAUAAAUUUUAACGAACGCAAGUUCCCUCUGGACCUUAGAUACAUGAUACUUAACAAGAUUUAUUAUUACUUCACUGGCUUUACAAGAACGGACAAAUUCGAGAUAUAUUUUGGGGAUCAGAAAUUUGAAAUUUUGAAAGCAAACAUUAGGUACAACAUAUGGGUUAGAUACCCAUACGACGACGUAACGUCCUCUGUUAUAAUGUUGUCCUAUCUUUCUGGAGACAAGUUAAAAACAUUCUCAGCUACGUACGAUAGCCAUGGAAAAGAUAUUAAAAUUGAAAGACCGAAUGUUAAAUUUAAUUGGGGAAUAUUGUCAAAUAUGGAGGCACUGCUAGUGAAUAGAGCAUUAAUAAACAUGGCAGCACACAAGGAGGAGAUUUUUCCAGUAGAUUUAAAAAUAGAUGAUACACCGGAGAGUGUUAUAAUGAAGUUAAAAGUGGACGACAAUACCGUAGUCUACACAACACUGUCAAAAUGUAAUUGUGUUAUAAACAAUAUAAGAUAUAAAAAUGCAGUAAUAAAGGGAUUUCAAAAGCAGUUGGCGAAACAAGUUUUCGUUUCUAGUGUAAACAAUGAAAUCAUAAUAGUUAUCGCAACAAAAACGAUUUCAAAGGCACUACUAAACGCAUAUCUAUUUAAGAACGACACAUUCGACAUAAUUGACGUAUCAAAAAUAGAUUGCGGGGUUCACAAGGGACUCAGGAGUUUUCAAAUGUGCGGAUGA